CCGGCCCCAGAAAACCCCGAGCGAGUAGGGGGGCGGCGCGCAGGAGGGAGGAGAGCCGGGGGCGCGGGUGGCUGGUGGGUGUCGGGGGUGGAGAUGUAGAAGAUGUGACGCCGCGGCCCGGCGGGUGCCAGAUCAGCGGACGCGGUGCCCGCGGUUGCAACGGGAUCCCGGGCGCUGCAGUUUGCUAGGCGGCUCUCCCCAGGCGCCGGCCGCGGAGACACCCUUCCCUGAACCCCAGCUUUCGGGCCGCCGGCUCGCCGCGCACCAGGAGCCGGCGGACAGAAGAGCGGCCAAGCGGCGCGAGGCUGGGGGCCCGCGGGCGCGGCCGCGCACUGCCGGGCGGGAGGCUGGGGGGCCGGGGCCGGGGCCGUGCCCCGGAGCGGGUCGGAGGCCGGGGCCGGGGCCGGGGGGCGGCGGCUCCCGGCUCGGCUCCAGCGGCUCGGGGUGCCCGGCAGGGCCCCGGAGGGACCAUGGCAGCCGGGAGCAUCACCACGCUGCCCGCCCUGCCCGAAGACGGCGGCAGCGGCGCCUUCCCGCCCGGCCACUUCAAAGACCCCAAGCGGCUGUACUGCAAAAACGGGGGCUUCUUCCUGCGAAUCCACCCCGACGGCCGAGUGGACGGGGUCCGGGAGAAGAGCGACCCUCACAUCAAACUACAACUUCAAGCAGAAGAGAGAGGAGUUGUAUCUAUCAAAGGAGUGUGUGCUAACCGUUACCUUGCUAUGAAGGAAGAUGGAAGAUUACUGGCUUCUAAAUGUGUUACGGACGAGUGUUUCUUUUUUGAACGAUUGGAAUCUAAUAACUACAAUACUUACCGAUCAAGGAAAUACACCAGUUGGUAUGUGGCACUGAAACGAACUGGGCAGUAUAAACUUGGAUCCAAAACAGGACCUGGGCAGAAAGCUAUACUUUUUCUUCCAAUGUCUGCUAAGAGCUGAUUUUAAUGGCCAUGUCUAAUCUCAUUUCACAUGAAAGAAGUAUAUUUUAGAAAUUUGUUAAUGAGAGAAAAAGAAAAUAAAUGUGUACAGCUCAGUUUAGAUAAUUGGUCAAACAACUUUUUAUCCAGUAAUAAAAUAUGUAACCAUUGUCCCAGUGAAGAAAACUAACAAAAAUUG